AUGUAUAUCGGGAUUUACAACCUCAUAUUGUCUGAUAUACGUUUUGCUGCGGAAACUCAGUUUCCUUCACCAGGGAUUAGCGGUAAAACAUUCGAACUUCCACUUCACAAUUCCUCAAUUCUCGCGAAAGGACCGGGAAUAUCGGAGUCCAUGGGUUUCUAUCUCAAGAUGAUAUUUGAUAACGGAGAUUCUAGGCAGAUUUUUUAUUUUCUAUUGUUGAAUAUGACCUAUAUGUUUGUUCAAAUAAUAUAUGGAAUCUGGACUAAUAGCUUGGGUUUGAUUUCGGAUGCUAUUCACAUGUUCUUCGACUGCGUGGCGUUGGCUUUCGGAUUGUUUGCUUCGAUCAUGAGCAAAUGGCCGGAGAACAAUAGUUAUGGAAGAAUUGAAACACUAUCGGGAUUCGCUAAUGGAAUAUUUCUCAUCCUGGUUUCGGUAUUCAUCAUGUUCGAAGCUAUGGGACGUUUAUUCGAACCACCUGAGAUGAAUACUGACAAACUACUAUUGGUGAGCUUCGUGGGGCUUAUUGUAAAUCUUGUAGGCAUUUUCGCAUUUAAUCAUGGCCAUCACGGGCACUCUCACGGUUCAAAUAAUGGUAAUGGUCAUGUCCCUAGCAAGAGUCGCGGUAAUUUGCAUGGUCACUAUCAUGACAAUCAUCACCACGGUCACCAUCAUCACGAUCACGGAGAUAAUGCUAACAUGGAAGGUUUUUGA